AUGGGCAAAAGCAGGAUUCUGGUUGUGGGCACGGGCGGCAUUGGCACCAUGUCUGCCUACGCUUUGGAGAAGGGCGGGUUGGCUGAGGUUACAGCCGUGAUGCGGUCAAAUCAUGAUGUCGCAGUGAAAGAUGGGAUCGACAUCGACUCUUUCGAAUGGGGUCAGGUCAAGGCCUGGCGACCGACAGCCAUCACCAAGACAGUUCCCAACGUCUGCGAUAGUGGCGUAGCAGCCUUCGACUACAUCCUUGUCACAACCAAAAAUAUUCCAGAUGUUUCCCCCACUGUCGAAGAUAUCAUUGCACCAGCUGUAACACCCGGAAGAACAGCCAUCGUUCUCUCUCAAAACGGCAUCAACAUCGAGAAGCCCCUCAUCGCUCGGUUUCCCACCAAUCCUAUCAUCAGCAGUGUCGCCUACACGGGUGCAACUGAAACAGCCCUCGCUAAGGUUUACAAUGACGAUAACGAUUGCCAGAAGAUUGGCGCUUAUAAAAGCCCUCAGAUUCCCGCUGGUGUAGCUGAAGAGGCGGCAAAGCGCUAUGUCAACAUAUAUAACCCGGAGGGUAAGCUAGAUGUCAUCUAUGAGCCCGAUGUUGCCAAAGACAGGUGGAGGAAGAUUGCUUACAAUGGCUCAAUGAACCCUGUUGCGUCCAUUCUUCGCAUGGACACGCCCCGCAUGCGGAUGAGUCAGCAUAUUAUCGAUGAUCUGGUCUUGCCCAUAAUGAUGGAAGUUCGAGCCAUUGCUGAGGCUAGUGGCGUUAUACUCCAGGCUGAUCUCAUUGAUGCCGUCAUGCAUCAAGAUCCGAAUGACACAGCUUUUAAACCUAGCAUGUGUCAAGAUUAUGACAAGGGGAACCUCAUGGAGAUUGAGAACCUUGUUGGCGAGCCGCUGCGUGAGGCUCAAAGGCUAAAUGUUCCGGCGCCAACCUUAACGCUCAUAUAUGGUAUCAUGAAGGGGUUGCAGCUCAAGGUUAAAGAGGGAAAGGGCCUAUGGGUUCCAAAGUUUGACCUUGGAAACCCUUAUGCAUAG